UUUUUUCCCGCACUUAUUUCAAUAUCUUUGACAUUUGACGUUUAGAAAACAGCUCCGGACCUGGGUAAUUACUGUUCCAAAUUGAUGACGUAUAAAGGGCUAAUUGGUGACGUCACGGAUCUCAAGCGGUUAUAACUAUAACCGCUUGGACGUGUUUGGUUAAAACCAUUUAGGAACGGUAAUUACCGAUAGACCGCUUGGCGGUUAUUGUCAACUGUCAAAAUCGGCACUUCAUAAAACAUUUUUAACAGAAACUCAUUGAAAUAAUGAUAAACGCGACAAACCCAGGUCCUGACUUACCGCAAGAACAUGUCCAAGCCAAAAACAUCGUAAUAAUUCACCCCGGAUCUUUAAAUUUACGUAUCGGCAGAGCAUCAGAUAUUAACCCUGUAACGAUUUUACAUGCAAUAGCCAGAAAACGCAAGCCUGGAGGCCAAGUAUAUUCAGAUUCUUUCUUGCCUGAGAGAGCAGACAUAAGCCAGAACCGAGAGUUUGAUGAGGCUCGGCUAGCGAUUUCACAUACUUUGCAGUCAUGUUUACAGUCAGAUGGUAGGAGAAGGUAUGCGACACCGCCACAGCAAAUAGCUGCCUUCAAUAGACGAGUGCAGCCUGAAAUUAUUGGUGAUAGCGGAGGAGAUUGGGUAAAAGUUGAAGGUGAAACCGUAAUUGGAAAUGAUAUUUUUCGCUUGAGCCCCUUAGAAGCAUAUAAUAUCCAUUUCCCUUAUAAACGAGGUGAUUUUAAUGUUCACUCAAGUCCUGGCGGCUCGAUAACCAGUAUAUUGGCAGACUUAGAAGCAAUUUGGUCCCAUAUUAUGGAAACCCAUUUACAAAUCAACUUAAAAGAACUGAAAACUUAUAAGGCUGUACUUAUAGUUCCAGAUGUGUAUAAUAGGACUUACUUAAGAGAGCUAAUGUAUUUGCUCCUUGGGACAAUGGGGUUUGGUAGUUGUUUCUUAGUGCAGGAUCAUGUGUCUGCAACUUUUGGUUCAGGAUUGAGCUAUGCAUGUGUCAUAGAUGUGGGAGAUCAGAAAACAUCAGUUUCUUGUGUGGAAGAUGGAAUUUGUCAUCCAAACACUAGAGUAAGACUGGAGUAUGGUGGAGGUGAUAUCACACAGAUAUUCUACUGGCUUUUGCAAAAAUGUGCAUUUCCUUAUAAGGAAUGUGAUGAUCAGAACAAGUUGGAUUCAAUGUUGCUUAGAAAACUCAAAGAGGAACUCUGCCACGUAAACUUAGACAUCUGUGGCUCCCAAGAAAAAUCCUUCACCUUAAAGCAACCGCAGAAGCCGAUAUGCCACUACACCAUUCAAGUGGGAGACGAGUGCAUUAUAGCCCCUUUAAGCAUGUUUAAUCCGGAACUAUUCGGCAUUACUGGUCCCAAAUCGAUUCAUACACAAAAAAUAUCCACCGGUGAUCCGGAAGAUCCGCAUGACGAAAUUUAUUUGAGAGAUAUUAGGAAAAAAGGUAUGAAAGAAGAAUCCUCAUCAAUUGACAUGAAUGAGUCUUACCUGGAGAGCCAACAGGUAGGCAACGAGGAUGAUAUAGUGGUGGACGCUAUGGAUCCGGUUAUCACACAAUCUGUGAAGGAGUUUGUUAUAAAUCCCGGACAGAUAUUGGGGCUGGAUCAGGCUGUAUUGCAAAGUAUCGAUAGAUGCCCCAGUGAAGACCUAAAACGUAAAAUGUACGGCUGCGUCCUAGUGGUCGGUGGCGGCAUGAAAUUCUCUGGAAUUGGUACUUGGCUCCAAAACAGAAUCUCGCUCCAGAUUCCGUACCUAUAUAGGGCAGAGCAGCUGGACAUAAUAACCAAUCCGAGAGAUAUGGAUUCCGCUAUGGUCGCGUGGAAGGGGGCAGCCAUAAUGUCCUGUUUGGAAACCGCUCAAGAGUUAUGGAUCGAAUCUUCCGAGUGGGAGAAGUAUGGGGUACGGGUGCUGAGAGAAAGAGCUCCGUUUACGUGGUGAUUUUAGUAGUUAUAAAAGUAAUUUUAUAGUUGGCGUCAAUGAUAAUGUAUUUUUCUUACGACCGUUUAAUAAUAGGGUUAUUAUUCAGGUAUUUUGAAUAGAUAAUAAUACCUAUUACUUACCCCGAGAGUAAUUUACUAAUGUAAUAAUUCUUUACUCGUUGGUUAUAAUGGGAAUUUUGUAUUUUAUUUUUAAAAAACUACACAGAAAGCCAAAUAAAAAUAUUUUAAUUUC